AUGUUCAAAAACUUCACCUUCAGAUGGAUCCGCUUCCGCCGGCCAACGGGGCCUCCGAGCCCGCUGCCCUCGGGAAUCGAACGGACCUUCAUCGACACGCCCGGCGGCAAGAUUGAGGUGCUUCACGCCAAGCCGCCGCAGCAAGCGCGCCCCAACGCCUCGCCCCUCUUCUUCGUUCACGGCGGCAUGGGCGGCGCCUGGGUCUGGACCGAGUACCUGCAGUUCUUCGCCGCGCGGGGCAUCCCCUGCUACGCCGUGUCGAUGCGCGGCCACGGCGACAGCUACUACCCCUCGUUCUGGCGCAUGGUGUACCGCACGACUUUGCGCAAUCUCGCCGACGAUGUGCUGGCCGCCCACCGCUGGGUAGUUGAGCGUGAGGGCGGCAAGGAGGUCGUCCUGGUCGGCCAUUCCAGCGGCGGCGGUUUGUCGCAGUUCUUGUUGGAUAAGAAGGACCUAAAGGUCAAGGGACUGGUAUUAACGGGAGCUAUACCUGGGUUUGGAUCGGAUCGUGUCUACGAUAACUGGAGGAAGAUGGAUCCGUGGUUUACAAUCCGGAUGAUCUUCCACCUGUGGCACCCGAACUCGCCUCUGUCUCACCCGGCCUUCACGCGUAGGGCCUUCUUCAGCCAGGAGCAGACUGACGCCUAUGUCGAGGCGUUUCACGAAAAGAUCAGCCGCUACGAGAGCUUCCUCUGGCCCUUGGCCAUGACCAAGCCCUUCGUCAACCCGCAGAACAUCAUCUCGCAGAUCGCAGGCUGGGGCAGCGGCCAGCGUAUCAUGGUGCUGGCCGGCGAGAGGGAUAAGCUUGUAUCACUGGACAUCAAGGAAGACCUCGCACAGAUGUACCGCACCAAGUACAGUGCGAUGGUGCAGGAGAAGCAGCUUCAGGCCGAGGACGCCGCCGUUGUGCCCCUCUCGGGGGAGUCUGGCCCGGAUAACGCGGGCCAUGGAGUCAGGUUUUGCGUCGUCCCCAACGCUGGGCAUCAUCUGCAAAACGAUGUUACUUGGGAGACGGGCGCAGAGAAACUGCUGGCCUUCUACGAGCAGCUGUGA